AUGACUAAGACAAAGGUGUUACUCAUUGGACUGGGUGGUGUGGGAACCAUUGCAGCGUAUGGCCUGGAAUUCGAAGGGAAAUCUGAGGUGUCGGCGGUGGUUAGGUCCGACUACGACCUUGUGAAGAACAAGGGCUAUGUUAUCGAGUCUUGUGAUUAUGGCCAUAUUGACUCAUAUAAGCCCUCCCAUGUUUACAGAAACAUUGAUGAGGCAGUAAGACAAGGACCUUACGAUUACGUGGUUGUUUCGACCAAAAACAUUCCAGAUGCUUAUCCCGUGGAGGCCUCAAUUGGCAAGGCAUACACUGAAGGUGUGACAACCAUCGUGUUGUUGCAGAAUGGAUUCGGAAUAGAGAAGCCGCUGUUACAGAUGCUACCAGGCGCAACAGUUUUGUCCGGAGUUUCAAUGAUCUCGUCUACUUUGUACCACGGAGUGGUGAACCACGAGAACGAUGAUCUUGUGAAAUUCGGCGUAUUCUACAAUGGGGUUACCCCGCGUGAGCAGCAGGAGGCUAGUUGUCACCGGUUCCUGGAACUAUACUCCAACUCGAAGAACAAAGCUACCUACGAUCCUGAUGUCAAGUACACGAGAUGGAGGAAGCUCAUUUACAACGCGACGUUGAAUUCUGCAUGUGCUUUGACCAACGUCGAUGUCGGAAGACUCGAGCUGUUUGGCGGCAUCGAGUCUGUAGCAAAGCCCGCUAUGCGUGAGAUUAUCGCGAUUGCUUUGUCGGAUGGAGUAGAACUCUCACCGGCAGACAUGGACGUGAUGAUUGAAUCCGAUAACGGGAUCUGGUACUCGCCUUCCAUGUUGGUGGAUGUCAGGAAGGGCAAUCUGAUCGAGAAUCAGGUGAUUCUGGGAAACGCCUUGGAUGUUGCGCGGGAAAACGGAAUUGAAGCCCCUACACUGACCGUUCUGUACAAUCUUCUCUCGAUAGUUCAGAUGAGGACUAAGGAGGAGAAGAAGUUCUUUGAGCUUCCUGAGAGAAGACCAGAUCCGGGCUAUAAGAUUGAAUAUUAG